CUCCAAACAGUAUAUAAACCCCAGGCAAAUAAGAGGUGCAACAUCCGCAACUGGGAAUCAUCUUGCUGCUGCUGCCAGCUUCGCUAUGCGUAACUCCUUGUGGCUUGCCGUGCUUGCUCUUUUCGCGCUAGCUUCUGCUGGAGUCACGAAUAAAGAUUUGGAAGAAGAUGCUAAAAAAGCAGUCAUCUUUGAUGUAGAGGAUGUCACAAAAGAAUACACUCUGGAAGCACUGGUGGCAGAUGCCAAUUACACAGAAACCGAAAUCUUCCUGUCAAACUUAGAGAGCACCACGAAUUCUGGAGCUGUUUCAACAGCCGCGAAACCGAUCUAUCACAACGGAACGGAAGACAAAAGAAUUUUGGGAGGAACACUUAUUGAUGAUGCUGCUUUACUCGUGGCGCCGCUAAAUUCCAUUCUCUUUGUCCAAACUAAGAAUGCUGCUGGGAUUGUUUUAAAUAAUUGCGGUGGUGUAUUGUUGUCGUCCAUUUGGGGGUUGACGGCCGCUCAUUGCGUCGCGCUGGCCACUACUAUUAAUGUCUAUGGUGGGCAGAUUGCGGAUCCGACGGCCGGAACCCCAACAAGCAGAGCCAAGGCCAUAAUUCAUCCCAAUUUUAGACUCAACUUCUUGACAGAUAACAUCGCUCUGCUUAAUAUAUUGACACCGUUAGCACUUGGUGCAUCUGUCGCGCCAGCUCUGCUGUCGCUCGCCAAACCCGCAACAUUGGACAAUAUGGUGUUUACGACACUGGGAUACGGUCUUGCUGAUGACAAUGUUUUCGACCCCGCGGCGGCAACACUGAGUCAUGUCAACAUGCAGAAUAUGAAUAAGUUGACGUGCAACCAACAAACUUUAGGAAUUUUUGUGACGUACCCAGCCAACACGGGUUGUUUGAGCACCGCUGGCGGAACUAAAGGGAUCUGCAAGGUUGACCCUGGCGGACCUGUUUUCCACACAGGCCCGAAUGAUGACGUAGGGAAAAUUAUUGGCAUCAACUCUCAAAUUGUGGGCUGCCCACGUCAAGAACCCAGCUCAUUCACCUGGAUUAAUCCCUACAUUAAAUGGAUCCAAGACAAGACUUUUAAGAAAUUUACGUAAUGCUGCGGACAUCAUUAUUAUUUAUUAUUGGUUUUGGAAAGUGGGACCCAAAUAAAUAAUUUUUAAUUGAAA